AAAUUGAUCAGGAUACUUGGAUUGUGUCUCGGUUCUAUACGAAUAGUAAUAUGCAGUACGAUGCUACUGAAAUAGAUAUUAACAAAGAGAACUCCCAGUAUGAUACUGCUGAACUAGAUAUUAAUGAAGAAAACUUCCAGUAUGAUGCCACUGAACUAGAUAAUAAUAAAAACUUAAUUGACAAGCAUGACAUCAAGCAAACCAAAACAUUAUGUGUUAUAUGUAGAAGUAGAAAUUUUGCUUGCCCAUGUGGUUUUUAUAUAAUUCGUGGUCAUGACUGUCAGGACAUUGUAGCUGUUCG